AUGGCCGGCUCAAGAGAAGUCGACCAGUUCCCCCCCAUUGAAGAAGAAAACCAUGAUGACGGAAUCGAGAAAGACAUCUCCACAUCCGCUGAGCAGAGGGAGGGCAGAGCACCCGGGUCAUCCUCGGAUGGGGUGACAAUCGAUGCUGGGCGCGCGGCAACCACGGACAGUGCACCUGAACUCAAAGCAACAGAGUCCUUUGACAAUGGCUACCAUUUCCCACCGAGCUACUCAAAGCGACAGUCCACCAAGAAAGCCGCAAUUGCAUUUUGGAAUUACACCCUCACACCGCUUGGCUUCUGCGUCGUUGUCUAUGGUCUCAAUGUCGUCGCAUGGGGUGGAAUGCUCUUCCUUCUCCUCUGCAACGCCAGCCCUGCCAUGUGCCAUCCGAGCUGCAAUAACAUCAACUCCCCUCGUCGAAAAUGGAUUGAGUGGGACUCGCAGAUCCUCAACGCCUUGUUCUGCGUGACUGGCUUUGGAUUGGCGCCUUGGAGAUUCCGUGAUUUCUACUACCUCAUGAGGUAUCGCAUUUGGGGCAAACAGGAGGCUCUCCGCCGCCUCGCAGGCAUUCAUCGAGGAUGGUUCCGUCUUGGUGGAUCUGAGACACUCCCCCUUGAUGUUGGCCCGGACAACAUCCAGAACCGCGAGGGAGACGCACACGUUCCGAUGGCGAGCGUUCCCUUCCCAGAAAAGCUCAUCCCAAACGCGCCAUUGACGGGAACGCGGGCACCACCUACCGCAUUGUGGAGAAUGGAUUUUGUUGUUUGGAUGAUGGUUGGCAACACGUUUCUCCAAUGUGUUUUGUCUGGAUUCAUGUGGGGCAUGAACCGUUAUGACAGGCCUAGUUGGUCGACUGGUCUGUUUGUGGCCCUGGCCUGCAUUGUUGCAGCAUUGGGAGGCUUGAUGAUGUUUAUAGAAGGAAAGAAGGUGAAGGGUAUUGAAGGUGUCCCUCUAAGUGACGAAGACCGGGAGAAGCUUGCGAGAGACAAAGAACUGGGAAUUCAGCACUACAACAACUUGAAGGACAAGGCGCCGAAGCAGGAGAAGGAGAAGAACAAGGUGGACUCGGAGAAGAAGCACGGCUUGUUUGCUAGAAAGGAGAAGAACUAA